AUGGUAAAAGGUCGCCGCAUCUCCAAAGACCCCAAUAACCACAGGUGGGUCAAGGACGAAACCACCUUUGGCCAGCGCAUCCUUCGCUCAUGGCUGGACGCCCGGCGCCCUCCUCGGCGCGGCCGAUGCGCCUCAUGCCUCCUCCACGGCGCCGCCAACUCUUCAUACAUCCGGGUUCUGCUGAAGGAGGACGCGGGCGGACUCGGCUACCGACCGGGUGGCGUCAGCGGCGAAAACGACAUCGCCGGCAUCGAUGAGGUCAAGGACAUCUUUGCCAGGCUGAACGGCAAAGUGGAGACCGAGGAGGAGAAGCGCGAAAGGGAGAGGAGGAAGGCCAUGGUAUAUUUGGGGCAGAAAAUCGGCGGCAUCACUUUUGUGCGGGGCGGCUUCCUCGUCCAAGACGGCCUAGAUUUGAUCGAGACCUCGUCCCCGAAUCCUGCAGACGCGACGCAAACCACCGGCGACCAGACCAUGGCGAGCAUCGGAAAAAGGAAAGCCGAAGAGGAGUCCUCCGAAGGUUCGGAUCGGGACGUCCCCCGAAAGAAGCGAAGGAAAGAUGACGAGUCCCGGGCGGAGAAGAAGCGCCGCAAAGAGGAGAAGAAGAGGCGCAGGGAUGCCCAGACAUCGGAUGGCGAGGAAAGCGCCCAACCCGCGACCGUAAGAUCACAGCCGGGUUCCGAGACCGACUCUGUAUCUGUACCAACCCCUACGCCCAUGGUGGUGGACUCGUCCACCUCCGGUACGCCCACCGAAUCCGGUACAUCGACGCCGACUACCCUGUCCAAGGGCCGUCACAUCCACCAUGCCCGCCGUGUGGCUGCCAAACGGGCUGCUAUGCUUGACGCGGCUGCUCUGAAGCAGAAGUCCGAUGAUACCGGUGAUCGAAUUGACGAGAAACGGAGUACGUUCCAAAAGUAG